AAGAAGCCAUGAGACGGCAUGGACUCUACCUAUUAGUGUUCGCCUUCGCCACGAGCCAUGCAUCGAAUAUUCCGUGCGGAAAAUCUUUUAUUCCUUGCGAGAAUGACAUACUCAACCAUCAACAAGGAUUGAGUAUUGAUGACGCUCCAUUCGUCUCACAUCGAGUCCCUGAUGGUCUUCUAUUUGUGGCCGCCAAGGAAGGAGAACGAGAGUCUACAAAGCUCUUCGAUUUCCGUGACGUGGCAUUCCAGUACUCUGGGCACCCGUUGUCAACUUCUACUUCUCAGUUUACGAGAAUUCAUAAAGCAGACAAGAAGGCCUCAGAUCGUAGCAGAUCUGCAUUUACUUCCUUGGCAAUCACCAAGAGAUUGACAGCACUAGGACUCCGCGAACGAGAGCUAAAGUACGGCAUCCCACCGAACCAAAUUUCCUCAACAAUCUCCAACUGCCCAAUUCCAACAAUCGAUCAUUGCUUUGCCACCAAUUACCGAUCAUUUUCUGGCAUUUGCAACAAUGUUGCGCGUCCGGAAUGGGGAGCAUCACACACGCCGAUGGCAAGAAUCGUAAGACCGGAUUAUGCUGAUGGGGUGUCUGAACCUAGAGCUGCUGCAGCCAGCAAACCUCUGCCAUCAGUACGAAGCUUGUCAUUGACAAUUUUCACACCACGAGGAGAGGUUCAUUCUGAUGUAACUACUAUGAUGGGCCUCUGGAUGCAGUUGAUCGCUUCUGACAUGGUCAACAUUGUCCCAUUCCAAGCCGUCAACGAGGGCACCUCAUCUGCAUUGCCAUGUUGCAAACGAGGAUUUAAUCACUCUGAAUGUGAUGCCAUUGACAUACCAGCUGCUGAUCCAGCAUACAGAACUAGACUGAACUGUAUCCCUCACGCACGAUCGAUAAUCGCUCCACGCGAGGCAUGUCGGCUGGGGCCAAGAGAACAAGCAAAUUUUGCAUCUUCUUAUCUUGAUGCUUCAUUCAUUUAUGGAUCCAACAUGGAAAAAGCGAAACAAUUGAGAACAUUCCGUAAUGGUCAACUCCGAACCGCUGGAAGCAUCGGAGAGCUCCCGGCUACAGACGGAACACUUCAAUGUCAGGCUACCCAUUCUCGAUGUGCUUUAUCUGGAACUGAUGAAGUCAACAUCCUUCCGAGUGUAGCCGCCCUUCACACAGUUUUCAUUCGACACCACAACAGAAUUGCUGACAACUUAAGAUCUAUCAAUCGUCAUUGGACCGACGACAAACUUUACGAGGAGGCGAGAAAAAUCGUGGCUGCUCAAGUACAACAUAUCACUUACAAUGAGUUUUUACCGGUUCUGCUGGGAAGGGAGAACAUGAGAAACUAUGGAUUGAACCUUCACUCUGCUGGAUUUGAUUCGAAUUAUGAAAUGAAUUUGGAAGGAACUACUUUCAAUGAGUUUGCUGUAACGAUUACAUACUAUUUCUGGGCACUUCUCCCCUCUGAAAAAUCUUUCGUUGAUUUCAAUAAUCCAUCAAGACUCUAUGAACAAGGUCCAGUACAGAUUAUUCGGCAGGUUUUGAAUACAAAUAUCUAUCAGCCAACGCUAAGAGCCAAUGAUGAAGUCAAGAGUGGAUUCUUAAAAGACAACCAUGAGUUCGGAUUAGACUUGAUAUCGAUUGCAUUGAAACAGGGAAGAGAUCAUGGAAUUCCUGGAUACACUGCUUUGAGAGCUAGUUGUGGGCUUGGAAGAAUUGCCUCUUUCAACGACCUCCGUGAAAUUUUCCUUCCUGAAGUCAAAUUUGAGCAAGUUUCAUCUGCCUAUACUCGAGUUGAAGACGUUGAUCUUCUAGUAGGUGUUCUUGCUGAAAAGCCACUGAAGGGAUCACUCGUUGGACCAACUAUGGCAUGCAUUAUCGGAAAACAAAUGCAAAGGACAAGAAGAGCUGAUCGUUUUUGGUAUGAGAACUAUUUUGCUCAAUCGGGAUUCAAUGAGGCUCAGCUUUCUGAAAUCAGAAAUACCAAGCUAGCUGAGAUCAUUUGCUCCAAUAUUGAUAUUCGUAGAAUUCAACGGAAUGUAUUCUUCAGAGAGGACGUUUUCGACAACAUGGCAAUCUCCUGCAAUUCCACAGUCUUGAACAGUCCUGACUUCAAUGAAUGGAGGGAUGCCGAAGGAAAGCCAGUGUUCCCGAUUCGACAGGAAACCAUCGAGAAAGUUAUCAGUCUGGCUAAACGCAAUCUCAAAGACCAGGAACGUAGAGAAAUAUCGAAUUUGAAGCAUAACCAAGGAAGAUUUGUGAAAGGAGAUCCACUUUUCGCAUAUUCAAAUAUGAUGAGAGCAAAGGAAGGCGCUAAGCAAGUCUCGCAAAUCUCUGCGCUUCUAUUAGAAACUACGAAGCUUUUGAUAAAGGGAGAAGGAUUAGAUACGGAUGAGCAACUACCAAAAUUGGAUACACAUACACUUCAGAAGAUCCUUCCUGAUAUUGAUGUCACCUCAUUUGUCAAUAACUAUACAGCUUUCUUAUCAGAGGAUGGACAAUCCAGUCAAGAAGAAUGCAGCCCAAAGAUGCUUCCAUGUGAUCAUACAACUCGCUAUCGUACCUUCAACGGAUGGUGCAACAAUUUGAAGUUCCCAGAAUAUGCCAACUCCUUUGCCCCACUUCGACAUCUUCUUCCACCACAAUAUGACGACGGAUUCGAUGCACCAAGGACCCGCGCAAAAUCUGGAAGACCACUUCCAAAUCCACGUAGAGUUUCGAAUUUGGUAUGCGAGGAUAAGGAUGUAUCUCAUGUAAAGUUCACUCAUAUGGUAAUGCAGUUUGGACAGCUUCUAGACCAUGAGCUGACCCAUUCUCCAGUGGCACGUGGGCCUAAUGAUGAAAUUCUGAAUUGCACAAAGUGUGAUUCACCGGAAAAGAUUUCAGUUCAUUGCAUGCCUAUACGAGUGGAAAAGGACGAUCCAUUCUUCCCAACCAACUACCCGAAUGGAGAACCUAGAUGCCUUCCGUUUGCCCGAUCUCUUCUCGGACAACUCAAUCUCGGAUACCGUAAUCAACUGAAUCAACUGACAGCCUAUGUUGAUGGUUCAGCGAUUUAUGGAUCAACAAAGUGUGAAGCCAAGAAUCUGAGAUUAUUCACACGUGGACUCUUGAACUUUACGGACUUUGGACAUGGUCAAAUGAUGUUGCCGCAGGGAAAUCAAGAAAAAGACUGCAGGUCGACACUUGAGAAGAGGCAUAUGCCAUGCUUUGUUGCAGGAGAUGAACGUAAUUCUCAUCAACCAGGACUCACUAUUAUGCACACAUUCUUUGUCAGAGAACAUAAUAGAAUUGCUAUGCAACUAUCUGCUCUGAAUCCACAAUGGAAUGAUGACACCGUAUUCGAGGAAGCUCGUCGUAUUGUGACUGCUGAAAUGCAACACAUCACUUUUGCUGAAUUCCUUCCAAAAAUUAUAGGCCUAGACCUUCUCAAUGCCCAAAACCUGGUACCCAAGAAAAAUGGAUACUUUGGAGGGUACGAUAACACCUGCGAUGCUUCAAUCUCACAGCCAUUUGCCACUGCAGCAUUCCGAUUCGGACAUACCUUGAUCCGAAGAAUGUUCCCACGUAUGAACUACAACUAUAAGAAUAUGAGUGAGCCUGUGGAUCUCGCCCAGCACUUUGGACACGUCGGGCCUUUGUACGAGCAAGAGAAAGGAGGUAUGGAUUCGAUGUUGAUGGGAUUGCUCGGAACACCAUCAAUGGCAUUCGAUAGACAUAUUACUGACGCGGUUAGAAAUCAUUUGUUCAUGAGAAGAGGCGAGAAGACCAGUGGAAUGGAUCUGAUUGUGUUGAAUAUUCUAAGAGCCAGAGAUCACGGAGUUCAACCUUACAACGAUCUGAGAGAGUUCUGUGGGCUCCGAAGAGCAGUUAAAUGGGAUGAUCUGAAAGGAGAAAUGGAUCAGGAUAACAUCAAUAUUCUGCAAUCACUUUAUGAGUCUGUCGAUGAUGUUGACCUAUUCCCAGGAUUGGUUAGUGAACGACCACUGCGUGGUGCUCUCCUGGGAACAACAAUGUCUUGUAUCAUUGCUGAGCAGUUUGGAAGGCUGAAAAAGUGCGAUCGAUUCUACUAUGAGAAUGAUAACAGCGCGGCAAAGUUCACACCAGGACAGUUGAAUGAGAUUCGGAAGGUGAAGCUUGCAUCAAUCUUCUGCUCGAACAGCAAGUACUUGAAGACAAUUCAGCCGAAUGUGUUUGAUGUCACUGAUGAGUUAACAAAUGCUCAAGUUCCUUGCACAGACAUUCCACAAGUCGACUUAUCCCUUUGGAGGGAAAGAAAAACUUGUGAAAUGAAUGGUAAAAUCAUUGCAUUGGGAGAUUCUGUACAUAUGACUCCUUGUGUAACAUGUACUUGUACUCUGGAAGGUGUUGCGUGUAAUCCAACAAAAGUGGAUAGCUGCGAAAAGCUGACACACAAGUAUCUCUUGACCGACAUUGCAAAGGACACUUCUUGUAUGAUCCAAUGUACUGAUUACAUGAAGAGGGUGUAACAAAAACAUCGGGCCCUAUGAUCUUAAUUAUUAUUUUUAAUUUAUUUGUCCCCAACCAUGUACAUAUGUUUUUCGCCUUCAAUUAUUAUAACUUUAUUCGUUAGUGCAAUGCCAGAUAAUAAACGGAACGACGAUU